GCACGGAAGAAAACCCUGCAGAUCAUGCGUCCAGAUCCUUACCUGCAUCCUGUCUUGCACAGAGUUCCUGGUUCACUGGACCUUCAUUCCUGUAUCAACCAUCUGCAGAAACAACACAAACAAGUGAGACGUUUGAUCUCAUCGAACCAGAGAAAGACUCAGAGAUUCGACCACAGGUACGCACCUACACUACUCACCUGGAGGAAUCUGUGCUCAACUCCGACCGCUUUCAGCGCUUUUCCACCUUCAUCUCUCUACUGCGAGCAGUGGCGUUCCUUAUCCAUAUGGCAAGAUCCCACAAACAUUCCAACCAAAACAACAGGUGCUCAGGAUGGCACAUAUGUCACUUACCUCGUACUGUGGAUGAAAUGGCUCAAGUGAAAGAUGUAAUUCUGGAAGCAGCACAAAGGUCAGCCUUUGCAACUGUCAGCAAUCCAAGCAAACAAAGUGGUGGCCACAAACAGCCCUUUGCAUAAGCUCAGUCCAACCUUAGAGGGUAAUCUCAUCUGUGUUGGAGGCAGACUGAAACACUCUCAGCUUACAUCUGAAGAAAAGAACCCAGUAAUCCUAGCCAAGGACAGUCACAUUUCCUUACUGCUUGUACGACAUCACCAUGAGCAGGUGAAGCAUCAGGGCCGACAUCUCACAGAAGGCGCAGUAAGGGCAGCUGGGCUGUGGAUUUUGGGUGGUAAGCGAUUGAUCAAUUCUUUCCUCCACAAAUGCAUAAUCUGCCGGAAGCUGCGUGGGAGACUGGAAGAACAACGUAUGGCUGACCUACCGCCAGAACGUCUCAAGGUCUGCCCUCCUUUCACGUAUGUUGGACUUGACGUCUUCGGACCUUGGUCCAUUGUAACCAGACGCACCAGAGGAGGACAAGCGGAGAGCAAACGGUGGGCCAUAAUGUUCAGUUGUUUGAGUUCAAGAGCUGUCCACAUCGAACUGAUUGAGUCUAUGGAUGCGUCCAGCUGCAUUAACGCUCUCAGGCGUUUCUUCGCACUCAGAGGCCCUGCAAGACAACUCCAGUCUGAUUGCGGGACUAACUUCAUUGGAGCCAGCAAGGAGUUGGAGAUGGACAAUACUGUGCAGAGGUACCUCAGCAAACAAGGAUGUAGCUGGAACUUCAGACCUCCACAUGCUUCCCACAUGGGAGGCUCGUGGGAACGGCUGAUCGGUGUUGCCAGGAGAAUCCUUGAUUCAAUGCUCUUGCAGCAAAAAAGUCGCCUAACCCAUGAGGUGCUGUCAACGCUAAUGGCAGAAAUCACAGCUAUCAUCAAUGCACGUCCACUCCUACCUGUGUCUACAGACCCACAACAACCUUUCAUUCUUUCACCAGCCAUGCUCCUCACACAGAAAUCAGGAGUUCCACCUCCUCCUGGGGAUUUCACAGACAAGGACCUCUACACAAAACAAUGGAGGCAAGUUCAAGCUCUCGCAAACCAGUUUUGGAACCGUUGGAGCAGAGAAUACUUACCAUCCUUACAACAAAGACAAAAAUGGACAGUGCCACGCAAAAACCUUCAAGUAGGGGACCUGGUUCUCCUCAGGGACAAACAGACUGUCCGCAACUGUUGGCCCAUGGCCAUAGUCACAGCAACAUUUCCUGGGAAGGAUGGAUAUGUAAGAAAGGUUGAGAUAAAAACGACCGACCAAGGCGAUGCCAAAACCUUCCUCAGGCCAGUUGCAGAAGUGGUUCUUCUGCUGUCUAAAGACUGAUACAAGGACUGUUGUUUUAGACUCCUUCAAGUUCAUAGUGGCCUCACAUAGGCCAGACGGGGAGUGUGAUGCCUCUAAGGCAUUUAUGUCAAUAAUCUUUAUUGUUUGCUUUAAAAGUAUAAAUUUAUAUAUGUUUCAGUUAUAAAUAUAGUAAAAACGUUAAAAUAGUUUGAGAAGCUUUUAUUUUGAAGGCAGACAUGCUAGCAACAUCACUUCCUUGUUUACGUUCUCUUCCUGGUUGCAGGAGAGGGAAAAUUGACAUGCUGUUCAGGCUCUGAGGCCUAUCCAUAUCCCUAUAUCUUCCACUUGGAAACAUUGUUCAGGCAACGCCUUUUCACCACUUGUCAAAUGAAGCGAGAGAGUAAAAAGUCAACUCUACCCGGACUCCUGUGUUCAUUGGCAAAGGUUUAGCUUGGUGUUUAACCAGAGUUGCUACACUCUGCAACAGAACACUACA